GUAAAGCUGCGAUGUUUAGGUAAUGAACGGCAGACUUCGCGCUUGCAGUUUAAGCGGUGACAAGUCAACGAAGACAAGCCCUCUAUAUUAUGGACAUUGAAUCGCGACUAUCUAAUUGGCUGUAAUAGUGCUGUCAGGGUAACUAGCGCACUUUGGGACUUUCCCAGACGGUCACCCGCUGAGCCGCGAGCGCAAUGUCACGCCUGGCAGUAUGCGCACAGAUAAGGCAAGGAGUUUAGCUUAAGGGCUGAAUUCUGGGACAAAUUACACGGCGUUCCGCGAGCGGAGCUCUCCGCGUCCCUCGCUGCUGGUGUCUCGAUGGCAUUGAUAGACCACACAUCUACCCACCCUGUCGAAUGGGAGGACGAGGCGGCACUGGACGGCCCACCACCGCCGGGCAGCGGCCGUGCUAGCAGCACCGGCACGCCCACCGCCAUUAGAGCCUCCGUCAUGUCCUCAGACACCUCCUUCGCAGCCGCAGGGGGCCCCAGCGGCCACGCCGACGGGCCUGGCUCCGCGCAGCCCUACGCCCGCGCGCCGUCGCUGCGCCAGGCCGCCUCGUUCCUGCGCUCCUCCUUCUCCGCCUCCGCCCGCUUCCUGAACCGCAUGGGCUCCGCCAACGAUCCAACCUCCCGCUCUGCAGCGGCCGGGCUCCCGCCAACCAGCAAGGGCCCGAGAGAGUCAUUCAUUGGCUCGCUGCUGAAUGCAGUGGGCCUAGGUGGCGGCGGUCACGGCCGUGCCUCUGGACCUGCGGGCGCCAUCAGCCCAAGCGGUGGCAGCCGCUCGGGACCCAGCGUGACCGGGCGCAGCAAGCUCAUGACCAGCCCCACCCGCACCCUGGCCCGGUUGAGCAGCGCUGCGGCGAUGCGGGCCGAGAUUCAGAACUACAGCCAGUUUGGGGACCUCCGGAACGAUUCAUUCUCGCAGGCCUCUACCGCCAAGCUGCGCCGACGCUCGUCGCUCACCGGCAGCGGAAUUGCUGGCGCCGCAGACGAGGCACUGGCGGCGGCAGCGGCGAUGGAAGCUGCCGCCGCCGCGAGUGGCGGCGGCGGCGCAGCCGGACUGUUCAGGAAGCUGGGGUCCAUCAGCCUACUGCGCCAGUCUGCGCCGGCGCCCCUGUCCUAUUCUCCAUCGAUUCGUGCCAGCGCCCCCGGGAUCGUGCACAAUGCCGAGUACGGGGUAAACCCUGCAUCAACGCCGCGUGACGGCGCCGGCAGCCGUCAUGGCUCGCCGCUGCCGACAGGCCGGCUAGCGCGGCCCAGCGAGGGCUACAGCAGCCACCCGCCCCACCAGCCACCACGCUACAGCCACUCAGGCGGCCCAGGGUUGGUUGGGGACAGCGUGUCGGCGGUGGGCUCCUCAGGCCAAUACCACUCACCAGCGCACAUGCGGCUAAACGCUCCCUCCCAGUUGUCACGCCCCGCAGCCGCCGGUGUCUCGCCACCUGCCUCGCGGCCCGGCACGCGCGGUGGCAGCGGCGGCGCCUCCCCACCGGGCGGCAUGUCUUGCGCCGACCAUGGAUACGUUGCAGAGGCCGGCGGCGCUGGUGCACCGCCGCCAGGGGCGCUCUCUCGCAGCGGUAGCCUUGCGCUGCGGGAGCGGCCGCCGACGCCAAAGGGCCGCUCGCCGCGCAACAGCGUCAACGGCUCGCCGGGUCGGCUGGGCAAGGUGCUGGGCUCGUUCCGACUUCCCGACAUCCUCACCGGUGGCGGCUCGGGCCGUUCAGUGACGGAACGCCGCAACAGCGUGUCUGGUGGCACAGCCGUGGGCGCGGGCUCCUCCUUCACGCGGCCCAGUGCUCCCGUAGACAUGAGCAUAGGUGGAGCCACUGGACCGGCCGCGGCGGCGGUGGCAGCGGCGCGUCAGUACCGGCUGUCAUCGGGCGGCGCCGGCGCGGCGGUGCGUGCCAGCGGAGGCUCAGUGACCGGCGGCAUACCUGCAAUGGGCCCGGGAGGCGCCGCCAUCUGUGCCGCUGCCGCCAAGCGCGCCGCUGCUCUAGCUGCGGCCAGUGGCGGGAGCAAUUCGCCUAGCGGCGGCGGCCCUGCCAGCGCAGGGCCAGGCGGCGCUGGCAGCGGCGGCAGUGGCACGCCGAUGGCAGUGGCGGCUUCAGGCGUGUCAAUGACGGCCGGGGCGCCGCGCCCUUCAGGCUCUUCUGUUACAGGACGGGCGCCGGGGCUGCUUGGAGGCAUCUUGAAGGAUUUCCAAACGUCUAUGGAGCUGGAUGAGGAGGGUGCCAUGGCGGCAGUGGAAGCCGAGUUCGACCGGCGCUUCGGAAACGGCGGCCGGGCCACGCCCACAUCCGGCCUGCUGGCGCCACACAGCGAGCGCACGUCACCCACCCAUCCAAUGCCCGGAUCCCGGCCACAGAGCGCACGGCUCAGCGUCCACCACUCCGUCUCUGCGCUGCCCCCGCAGUCGCAGUCGCCGCAUCCACCCUCACUGCCGCCCGUUCCCAUCGGCGGUGGCGUGGCGCCGGCUGGGUCGGACCGUGGCACACCCGGGCAGCAGCCGUUCGUGCGGCGUCGCAGCACGCUUGGGGACGGGUGCCCAGCGUCUCCCUUGCAGCUCCGCAGCGCCGCCGUUGCUUUGGAAAAUCACAACAGCACCGGCGCUGGCGGAGCCGGUCUCGAAAGCAUCCUGUCUUCAUCGUAUGAUGCAUAUGGGGAUGUUGGGUUUUCGGCUCGCCGCCCGGGGUCCGCGUCGCAACAGAGCCCGGGUUCGCCGCCACAUGGCCUGAACGCACGCAUGCGACUGGCCAGCAUCCGAAUGAGCUGUGCGGAGGGCAUCGUGAACGCGGCGCCGCCGGGGCCUGGAGGCGGCGGCGCUGGUGUCAUCCGCGGUGGCCCGGCACCUGCAGUGGUUCCUGGGCUCGUGGCGUCGCCGUCAGUGUCGCAGGGGGGCGUGAUAGUGCUGCCGCCAAGCGAGGGCGCGCCAGGUCAGCUUCCGCAACAACCCUCGCCGAUGAUGCCGGCAGCGCGGCCGCCGUCAAGCGGUGGCGGGGGUGUGCCGGUGCGGCUCCGUAGCGCCUCUGGUCCCUCGAUGGCCGCGGGUUAUGGGCAUUAGCAAAGUUGUGGGGCAGGCUUCGGUAGCAAACCCUGGAAUACUGCAAUGUUGCCAGUAAGCGGCCGGCAUCAAUAAAGUAGUGGGACGCUAUCCGUGCCGGCGUAUGCAUAUGGACAUUCAGCCGUAGGCAAAUGCCGUGGAGCAACAAGUAGGCGAGAGCGGCUGUAGCAGCUGCUGCUGCCGGGCGGCGAGGGUGCCGCGGUGAUGGCACGGAUGCGAGCACUGCCACGCGACUACCGCGUUCAGCAUUAAGAAGUGGGGCCUGAAGAAGGUGAAGGAGGUGAUUGACCUGUGUGACAGUGAGUAGCGUGCCGGCCAGUGGCUGUGCGGCCAUAUUUGCGUGUGGCUGAAGCUGCACACUGCAAGACCUCGGCGCUGUCAUUCUGCCGCUUCGUAUGUAUUUUACCGCUUUAUGCAGCGCUUGAUGUGACAGGAGGCUUAGGCGGCACGGCUACAAACGGCUUUGUAAAGUUGGUCUUUGGGUGCGUGGUUUGAUUCAUGGUUACUGGGUGACUGGCAAAAUGCGGGAGGUCCUUAUGCCAUAGUGCCAUGGUGUUGGUCGCUGGUGGGGCGGAUGGAGGGUGGUGUGUCCGUAGCGAGGCUUUUUGGUGUGCUGGUGGGCUGGUCAGUCUCUGGCUCGGUUUCCCUUCGUGGUGCCUCGGCACAGACGUUUCCGGACAUGGGCCUCCGGGCCAAGACAUUGCGCGUCUAUGACGCCGACGAGAAAAUGGUUGGUGCUUGCGUUUGAUGGGGAUGUCGACAGACCUCUGGCCUGUCGCGCCUGCUUGUGCGUGAGUGCUGCCGCCAAAAGACCUAAACGAGAUGAGGGGUGUUGCGUGGCGGUGGGGCUUUGGCGGGCUUCGGCUUGGCUUCGACUCAUGCGCGUAACACUAUGAAGAGAUUAUGAAGGUCGGCAGCCAACCAGAGGGCGGGUGUUGUUUCUCUGGGUGGAGUAGUGUUGCGGAACUAAUGCGUACGUAGACCAGAGCGGAAGGCGGAGUGGGCUUGCAGGCGGCACGAGAGUAGGCAGUCAGUAGCGCAAGUUGGGUCGCAGAUGGCCCUUCGCGGCGUGGGUACGGCGUGCCCCCGCUUGUCGGGUGUCCCUUCAAUUGUAAUCCGCAUAUGUU